GUUUUCUUCUGCCUAUGUGGAAUAACGUGAAAUAAUUUUCCUCUUCUCUAUCUGGGCUGCCCCAGAGUGUUAAUUUGUCAGAGUAGUUUUGUCUUGAAACAUUUUUGUUUCCAGACAAGUCUUUGCCUUUUAAAAUUGCCUUUUGCUGGGGUUUGUACAACUCCCUGUUUUCCUUGGACAGAUGCAGGUGUGAAGAGCCUUAUCCCAGCACCUCCUGGGCAGGAUGCAUUCCAUGUGUUUUCUCCUAGUUUUGUGUGUUUCCAGGUGUUUUUUUCUUCUAGAUUUGUGCCUUUUUAGCACUGUUGAUGUGUUCACUUGCUUUGCCUUUGAUCCUUGGAUGACUGAGAAGACUGAAGGUGAUGGGUGAUGAAGCAACAGUUCUCUCAGGGACAAAGCUUGCCAACCAAGUGUUGCAGGAAGUUGAAAGGGAUGUAGACUCGUGGAUAUCUGCUGGGAACAAGAGACCUCAUCUCACUGUUGUAUUAGUAGGAGACAAUCCAGCCAGUCAUAUCUAUGUCAGGAAGAAGAUAAAAGCAGCUGCAGCUGUGGGCAUUUCUAGUGAGAUCAUUGUGAGGCCUAAAGACAUUUCUGAGGAAGAGCUCUUAGAUCUGACAGUGCAACUCAACAAGGAUUCCAGAGUUAGUGGUUUGUUAGUUCAGCUUCCUCUGCCAGGUGGGUGCCACCUUUGGUCCCAUUUCUCCUCUACAGUCUGU